GGGAGGGGGGGCCCAGUCGCGUAAGAGAUCAGUCCGUCGGAGAGGGAGGAGCUGAGGAGUCAUCCCAGGUUGAGCUGAGGGCAAACCCCCCCGCUCCCUACUUUUCGUUAAACUUCACCCCAACUCUUGCCUGAAGGAACGAUGCCGCUGAAAUUAUCGGUGGAGUUAGAGAUUAAGGCGAUCACUUGCCAGGGAGAAUUCUUGCCGGAGAAGAAUGUUUACCUUAGCGUUUGCAACCUGAACCAAUACAGGGCAACUGAGUGCUUUCCGCCUAUCCUGCCCAUCGAGGUUAAGCACACCAUGCAUUUUGAAAAGGUGUUUAGAAAUGCCUCCGACCCUGCUGCUAUUUUGGAGCUCCUCCAAUGCUACACCACCAGGUUUGAGUUAAUUCAACUCAUGCAUCCAGAAGGAGAAAUUUUGGCCUACUAUGAAGAAAAUACGAGAGAAUUUCUCUUUCCUGAGUCCAGACUGCCAUCUAGCAAUGACAAGGUUGAACGAGAGGUGGUCAUGAGGAAACUUCAUGGGUUCCAGGACCUCGCACCCAAAAUUGAGUUUUCCACCCAGACAAGUAUUAAGGAUAUUCCUUCUUCAUUGAGAAUGCGAUUUGUUGAGGAAAAUUUGAGGGUUUUGAGGUCUGCCUUACCUAGCGAAGAGGAAGGUAACGAGGAAAAGAAAGAAUAAGAACCUGCUCGCCAUCUCCAUAUUCCGUCAUGUGCCAUAAUCAAGAAGCUCAACAACGAUUGGCUCAAAUGAACCUUGAGCCAGAUGAUUUCCAAUAGUUUAAGAAAGGCAGACCUGCAGUUGCAGUUGGUUAUAUAGGGGGUUAUAUAAUUAGAUAAUUUGGAGGAGAUGGCUUAAAGUAGAAGGGAUAGUGUGUUAAACAGUAACAUUUUGAAACUACUAAAUCAUUAGCUCGGUGUCUUCAUCAUUUGUCACCCGUGGAGUUCUGUGGAAAAAGUGUCAUUUUCAUUUAAUAAAGUGGUUUAGACGAGUG